AUGCUUGGCAAGCAAUGGAGCUUCCUUCUGAAAAUGAUUCAGGAUGUAUCGGCAUGCUUCUCUUUGACUAUCAACACUUUCUUGAUACACUUGUUGCUAGAGACAUUUAAUGGAUGGAAAAUCUGGUUAUGGUUCUCGAUUCCUUUCUGGUACGGACUAACUUGGGUUUGUACUGGAUACUUUUUUUCAGCGCCCAAUGAAGCAACAUCGAGGUUUAUCAGGGACAACGUAAAUGAGAUUUUCGAGUUGGAGUUUGAUGAGUACAUAUAUUUGGGACCAUAUCUUUACGAGAAGUUUGAUAACGGGGCUUUCAUUGUGCAUAUUGUACCGUUCAUUGGGUUGGGUAUCAUUUCAGCAACUAUCGUCUCCUCUAUCAUAAUAGUUCUCCUAUUUGGCUCUCUAUGCUACAUUCGCAUCAACAAUAUUGUGGUGACAACAAUGAAUUCAGCCGAAAUGAGAAAUCUCCAGAGACAAUUAUUUUAUGCUCUUGUCAUCCAAACAUUGGUUCCUUUUAUUCUCAUGCAUGUUCCAGCCGCAAUAAUGUUUGCAUUCGUCUUUUUGGAUAUUGAUUUGGGUUUUUACAGUGCAGUAUUUUCCUUGACAAUUGCCAUAUACCCAGCGGUUGAUCCCAUACCUACUUUAGUGAUAGUUGAGAAUUACAGGAUAACCAUACUUCAUGUAACACUUUGGAUGUUUCAAAAAGACUCCACUGCUGGUGACAACGACAAUCGAGCCGACAAGAUAUCCUAA